UGAGACUCCCGCCCCCUCGCCACGACACACAUACGCACACACACACACACGCACACACACGCCCCCCCUCGUCCCAAGCGAAGCUGACAGCGAAGAAGAUGGAUGCCCCACGAAGAAGUUACUGAGGACGCUUGUGGGUUCGUUUUGGGGCUAAAAUCAUUUGUUUUUCUCCUUCUUCUUCUUCUUGUUUUUUUUCUUUUUUCUCCAAAACAUGUUGGUGUCGUUUUUGCUCUCUGCUGUGAUUUUAUGCGAGAGCGAAGCUUCGGGCGAGUUCGCCCCCACCGGAGCCGGGGCGAGAGUGCCAACAUCUCGCCUGCAUGUCGAUGAGGAGGAGGACGGCGGCGGAAACUUUUCCGCGCGGCGAAUCGUCGAGCCCUCCGCAGGUUCAAAGUUCAACCUGAAAGUGCAGGUCGCUGACAGGCUGACUCGUCAGUUCCUGAGCCAGGCAGAGGUGGCGCUUUACGUCAACUACGCCAGAACCAAGACGGUUUUUACAGGGGAGGACGGCGGUGUUUUGCUGCGAGUCCCUUUUCAAAGCGGCUCACCCGUCACAAUAACGGCGUGCAGGGACGGCUACGUUUGCGCAGCGCUUCCCUACGGAGCUAUCAAAGCACCAAUCUUUUCUUCAGUGACCGCGCCGCUCGUGCGUCUGACGCAAGGAAACAUCUGGCUUUUUGAAGACUCUCUGCUGAUCGCGGACAAAACAUCUGAUGCGUCAGUAGAGUCCGUCGUCCGGUUCCCUCGGAGCCUGCUGAACAUGACCGAGGGCGGCGACGUGGCUUCUUUGAAAGCCUACUUGACCAUCCUGAAGCCGGCUUCAGAGGAGAGAGGCUUUCCGAAGACGGUGGGCGUCACGAGGAGCGCGGCAGGAUACGCCGGCGUGGAGUUGAAUCCAGCGGCGGCCGUGAGCGUGCGACUGUUCUCCGGAGACGCGGAGCUGAAUAUCCGCGGUCCCAUAAAGAUCAGCCUAACUCUCCCCGACAACUGUGGACUGCAGUCUUCAAACGCGCUGCCGGCGUGGUUAUAUAACCGCACCACUGGUGGCUGGAUGAGACGGGGAUUAGGGACGGUGGUGUCAGAAAGUGGAAAACUGAGUUGGACAUUCACCGCUCCUCACCUUGGCGACUGGAUUGCUGCGCCGGUGCCAACCGCCGGAGAUGUCUUUGGACCCGCCGUGCUGCGUGACUUCUUUGUCCAGUAUUCCUCUUUGCUGCUGGUUGUCCUUGGAGGAACGCUUUGUGUCGUUGCUUGCCUUCUCGCCGGAUUCGUGUAUUGUCACAGGCGAACGAAGGCGACGCGCACGCUACCGCUGACGAGAAAAGACCAAUCCACCACGACCGGGAGCAAUGAAGACGUUGAAGGAUCCUCCCCGUCUCAGCGCUUCUUGACCCAAAGGAGGCUCGACCAACACAACGUCACCGCAUCCAUAUUGAACGGCAACGGUGUUCUCGCCAAUCCCAAGGCGCUGGCCGCCGGCGCUGAAUCCGACCAUAUGAUUCCCCCGAGCAGCGUUCCCGCGUCUCCGAUAGUCGCUCUGCUCUAUUACGACCAGCCUGUUGCCAUUCCGCAUCCGUCGGCAUUCGUCCAAGCGGACGACCAAACGCAGCGCUGGAGUCCAGCCUUGUACGCCGGCGGCGCAGAGAAACUGAGGGAAGAAGGCUCAGGCCUAAAGGUGUCGCGGGGCUCCUCAGCCACUCGGACCCGGGAAGGGGAUACGGGAGGACACGCCGACAGCACCGGAAAUGCUCCGGUACUGGCAACCAGAGGCCAGCGUGGUCUCCUUGAGUCUGCGUCAGUUCCGGAAACAUUAAGCAAAAUGGGAAGCGGUCGCCAUUCGAUGGACGCCGCGACCGAACUUUCAAAGGCGCCCUCAUCGCAGCCUCCCCGGGCCUGGUUUGUGAGUCUCGAGGGUAAACCCGCCGCCGAGAUCCGUUACGCCGUCGCGGAGCACCGGCAAAGGAGAAGAGCGGCGGAAAGUCGAGAGACCAGCCUGGAUUCGGGCGUGGAUAUGAUCGAGAUGAACCAGGUUGGCGGGAGGAGAGCCGUCGCUCUGGAACGGAGUGCCACUUUUGUGAAGAGCGCAUCGGGCAGCAAACCGACGUCGCGGUGAAAUCCAUCAGGGAGCCUUGAAGUCAAACAUGGCGUCAGAAGUGAUUCGUUACAGGUCAUCUUCGUGGUUGAGUUCACGUCGGCAUUCCAUCCGCAUCUGCAAUUUCGCACUCCCUGACUAUCGAUCGUAAAACACAUUCCAAGUGGACAAUGCACGUGAUUCUGUCUGUCCAGUCUUUUAGGAGCUGAGUUUGUCAUUUGGAAUCAGUUCUUCUUCACUGUCGCCUCUCAGUUUCUUUGGAACCGCUGAAGGAUACAAACCAUUUUAUAAACAACAAGAUAUCAUUUGGAGCAGGACCACUCCAGGUUUCUGCAUGCCAAUGCGUGUUGAGCUCGGCGGCCUCAAAGACCCCAAAACACGAACGCGCAGAGUUUGGAUCUGGAUGCGAGUUUUGACAUUUCGUCUCAUGAAUCGGAUCAUUUCUUCAUGCAACAUUUCCUUUUUCUCCGUUUUAUUUCUUGCUUAUCUUCAUGAUCCUAAUUUUGGUUUUUUGUCAUCUAAUAAAUUAAAUGUGUGCAAUUAAAGUGCCGCGCUUGGUUUC